GAUUGGAUGAAACGGCAACACCGGAUUUAUGUCAAGUACGUAACUAUCGUAUACUACAGUAUAUUACACCACUCACACCACUUUAGAGCCUGUGCACAUGCGCAGUUCGAGUUUCGAAUGAAUGGGAAAUAAGUAAAGAGGUUGUAAACUAAACUAUUUCGAAUGCGCACUUAUGUAGUUGACUCUUAAAAAUAGUAAUUGAUGUACGUGACGUGAAGGUGUAAUUUGGUGUUUUUUUUUUAAUUUGACCUUAAACUGACAAACAUGAAUCAACGUAAUAUCAAGUGGUGUUCUGCCCUGUGUUGCAAGGAUACGUGAAAAUAUAGUGUCACGCCGGCCUUCCGCAGUACGGUAUUUCUAACUAAACUGUCAGGCAAACUGACAGUUAUCUUGGCCGAGAACAUUUUACCAAAAUUAGUUAAAAUUGCAUUUUCAUAUAGUAUACCGGAAAGCUGCACUCUUGUGAGGGAAUUUCGGCAGUUUCAUAGUCCGUUUUCAAAAUACCUAACAAUGCGAUAAUUAUAUCUCAGGUGUGGCAUUAGUUGCAUCGACUUUGACCACAUUUACAAUAUCUUAAUAUAUUUAAGAUGGAUACUGCUACAGAUGGUGACAAUCUCUGUGCUGAAAAUGAUCUCGAAAAUAAAAUAAAAGAACUUAUGGAAUCAAUAAAAUCUUUGGAAUCGGAAAAAAAUCACAUAAGAGAGGAAUUUGGUAUACAGCGUGCAAAAAUGAAGGAGAUGUAUUUGCAGAAAGAAGAGGAACUUAAACGAGAGAGUGCAGAACACAAACGACUUCUUGAUGAAGUGAAAAAACUUAAUAUGGAAUUGGGUGAAGCCAAAAGUCAGUUAUUGGUUGCAGGAUUGCGUAUGGAAUGUGAACAGGAAGUUGAAAGAAAGUGUCAGGAAGAGAUUGCUACUUUGCAACAACUUGUUCAAGAAACAUUUGAAGAAUCACACUCAUCAAGAAGCAAGUUUGAAAGUGAAGUUAAACAACUUCGUCACUUAAAUGAACGCUUAGAAUCUGAGAAUCAAGAUCUUCGAAAUCAAUUGCUUCAGGGAACUUCUGACAAGGGUGAGCGUGAUUCACCAAUUCUUGCUCCAGGAGUUAUGUUGUCAGCUGUUACCAAGACCUUUGCUCGAAAAGUAGCUAGUCAACUUGGCGCAGAUGCCUCAAACAUUUCUCAAGACAAUUUGGAAGAUAGUAUGCGGAAGGUAAACAAAUAUGCACAAGAAGAUGCAGAAGUUCUCCGUUCAUUAGUUAUACCUCUAGAAGAAGAAAUACAAGCAUUAAAGGAGAAGAUAAGACAACAGGAUGAAUUGCUCAGAAAAUUUCCUGAUGAAAAGGGUGUGUCACCCACGAAGUCUGGAAUUCUCCCUCUAACUCCAGUUGUAGAUGUGGAUAUAGUUGGGCCACCGACCUCUUCAGUUCAUGCAUCACAAAAAGGAAGUACAAUGAAAUCUGUAGGUUCAGUGUCAAGUUUGAAUGAGGUACAGACUGCCGCUAGUACCAAAACUGUGCCAGAUCCUACUACAACAUUACUGGAAGAUCAAAGUAGAUUUGCUGAGAUUAAUCAAGACAAGAUGUCUGAAUCAUCUUCUCAAGGAGCUAUUUCAAGUGGUCCUCAGCAGCUUUGUGACAUGUGUUCCAAUUAUGAAGCACAGUUGGUUAAAUCACAGCAACAAACUCAGGAAUUAGAAAAACAACUCGCUUCCCAGGAAAGAACUUUACAGCGGUAUCGGGAGGAUCUUGCUAAAGAGUCAGAUUUCAGGAAAGAAAUGGAAGAGAAAUGGAAUGAAAAGAAGGAGGAACAUAAAAUGCAGGUGGCAGAUUUGAAGGAGAAAAUGCAGACAGCUGAAGAAGCUUUAAAUGAAUUGCGACAAACAUAUUCUCAAACUAUAACUGAAGUAACAGAUCAGUUGGUACGUCUUUCCCAGGAUCGUGAAAAAGUUCAGAAAGAAUUGACGAGAUUGCAGUUGGAAAAUGAAAAUUUGGUGGGAAAACAUAGUGCGCAUUCCCAACAACUUCAAAAUGAAAUGAUAAAUCUUCCUGAUAAAGUGGAAGACUUGCAUGAGUUACUACUGAAGUUUCAUGAAGAGCUUAUAGCUGCUAAAGUGGCAAAAGAAGCAGCUGAAGAACAAGUGAAGACUUUCAGGUGUGAAAAUCAAUUACUCCGUGAUCAAAUGAGUGCUGAACAGCAAGGAAGGGAAAAUAUGGAAGAUAACCUUACUUCAGAAUUGGUAAACCUAAAGACCCAGCUUGGAGCCUAUGAAAGGGAUCGUCGGUUAAAUCAAGAAAAACAAGAGCAGCUAGAGCCAAUUAUAGAAAAUAACAAGCGUUUGAUGGAGGAACUUAAGUCUCAAUUGACAGAAUCACAGAAGGCCAAGAGCCAUUUGGAGGAAAUAGUUGCUGAACUGCGUAGUCGUGUUGGUUCUUUACAACAAGAAUUGGAUAAUGCCGAGACUGUGCAACAAGAUUUUGUUCGUCUCUCUCAGUCAUUACAAGUUCAGCUGGAAAAAAUUAGAGAUGCAGAUUCACAAGUGAGGUGGCAGCAUGAAGAAGAUGUGGAAGAAUGCCCCAUAUGUCGAAAUAGUUUCUCUGUCACAAGAAGAAAGCAACACUGCAGACACUGUGGGAGAAUACUUUGUACAAAUUGCCUCCCCCACACCGUUCUGAGUGGACCUAGAAAGCGACCUUCUAGGGUGUGUGGCGUGUGUCACACUCUUCUUGUCAAAGACACUGCACCAUAUUUCAGUACAGAACCACCACAUACACCAGACUAAAUAAGAACCAGUGUAAUGAAAUUGGAUGCAGGAAACAUCUUGUAUUUUGGUACCCAUUAUCUGUGACAUAUAUUUACAUAAUUGUACAUAUGAAUACUACAAAACUAUUACUUAGUCAAGGGAGUAGAAAUUAACAGCAUCAUUUUGUGAACAAAUCUUAGACGAGUCAUAAUUAAACUCUGUAUACUUAUCUCUUGGUCACUUUUCUGUUGUCUUAUGUUGAAAGUCAUAGGUCAAUAUUGAAUUGUUAAUACGCUGUGUUAACUUUGUGAGUAGAAGUUCUAAUCUUCAAAAAUUACUAGUCGUUUCCCAUUGAGUAUAUCUUGUAAAGUAUUGUUUUGCUUCUAUAAAACAAUUUGUAAAGUAACAUUAAGAAAAUUAUUGAAUUGUCUUAUAUGAUGUGAUGCUGGCAAUUAUAUCAGAUUCAUAAAAAAUGUUUAUAAAAUAAAGUUGGAGAACAGUUCUUACACUUUUGUUAAUAUAUUUUGUUCAUCAUUUUUUAAUGUAUUCAUCAUGUGUGUUGCGUCAAAAUUGCAAUUGCCAGGGCCAACUGUUGUCUUUAUGAAAGUCCUCAAAUGUCUCCCAUGUAACCAAUUCGAAAAUUCCAAACCAAACAUCUUUCAUUCCUUGGCUGUUGAUGUUUAAUUUCAGUUCUGAAGACACGUUCUAAACAUUUCCUGAAAAAUGCUCUUAAUUUUUUUCUUAAAAAGUUCACAAAUCAAAGGCACGGAAAAUGUGAAAUGCUAGAGAUGAAAAAGGUGUUUUGUAUAUUGUCUAAUGUAAAGUGUUUGAAAUAAUUUAAUAUAGAAUAGUGUAACUCCC